AUGGCUAAGGCGAUCCGUUCAGUCCUGCCUCAUUCUCACCAUAGACUUUGUGUGUGGCAUAUGAAUCAAAAUGCUAUCAAACAUCUUGGUGGAGUUGUUACAGAUUACAAGAAGUUCAAUGCUGAUUUUCAGCAUUGUAUCUAUGAUAUUGAGGAGGAAGAUGAAUUUAUAAGUGCAUGGAAUGAAAUGCUUGACAAGUAUGGACUCCGGGACAAUGCAUGGCUCCAAAGUGACACCGAGGAGAAGGUUUACAAAGUACUUGACAUUAAUAAUAUCAAGCACAUCCCUCAACAGUACAUCUUGAAAAGAUGGACAAUUGAUGCAAAAGUUUUGGAUAUAACAAGCAACUGCAACCUGCAUGAAGACCGCAAAACAAUACUGACAAAACGCUAUAAAGAGUUAUGCAGAAUGUUUAUCCAAAUAGCUGCUCGAGCCGCAGAGUCUGAAGAGUCAUACUUGAUGGCUGCUAAUUAUGCAGAGAAAUUAGCAGAAGAGGUGGAGAAAUGUCUAAAACAUAGAUCUGAUCCGGAUACAGGUAACUCUGUUUGUUCACAAGUUGGAGACUCAAACAAUAUCACGACUACAAGUUCAAAACAAAAUGAGAGGCCUACCAAGCCAAAAGGAAUGAAGGUCAAGGAGAAGACGGCUCGAGGAUCAAACAGACAUCCAGAUAUAUUUGCAGACCCGAACAUUAACUCGUCUACAAGUUCAGAACAAAAUGAGGGAUUUGCCAAUCCAACAGAACCAAACAUUAACUCAUGUACAAGUUCAAAACAAAAUAAGGGGCUUGCUAAGCCAAAAGGUAUCAAGUUGAAGGAGAAGACUAUUCAAGGAGCAAGUAGACCUAUUGGUGGCUUAGAGAAAGCAAAAUCAAAGAGGAAAAGGAAAGUAGAUAAUCCUGUAGCACUACAACCUCAUGGCACCUCAAUGGGUCAUUCGGAGGUUUUUACGAAUCAAAUGCCUGCAUAUCUACCACAGUACAACCCAAUCCUAAAUCCUAUGGCGAUGUAUGGACAAGACCAAAGAUUGCCAGUUGAAUUGCAACAUUACAAUAGCUUAAUGGGUCAUUUGGGAGUUCCGACAAAUCACGUGUAUACCUAUUCAGAACAAUGCAACUCAGCUCUGGAUGCCUCACUAUUGCCGUCUCUUGGUACGAUGAGAGGACACCCAGCUCCAAAUUUCUCGCUGCAACCAACCAUUGGUACAAUGAGAGGACACCCAGCUCUGAAUGCCUCACUGCAAUCGUCCAUUGGUACGAUGAACCAAGCUCCAAAUGCCUCACUGCAGCCAUCCGUUGGUCAAAAUCAAGUCUUCUUCCAACAACAGAAGCCAACUUAA